ACUGAUCUUAGUGUUAGAUAAGUAUUUUCAAUUAUUUGUCUGUCUCCUUCAUAAUUUACACUUUGUAAUAUUUGCUUUAGAAAAUCAUUGGCAUAUUCCAAUAAAAUGUUUAGUAUAGCUGAAGCUGAACCAAAUUGACAAAAUAGACACUAUCAGGUCAUCUCCAGUGUCACUGCAUUCAGUACCAUAUUUAAAGACUUGUUAAAGUCCUUAAUAGAAUUAGAGGAAGCUGUUCCCAUGAACUUCAACAUUACUUAGAGGUAAUUUCUUACUUAUGUGCACCAAAUAACUUAAUCCCCACACCUUUGGAUUUUCAUACACAGUUGUACUGCAUUUGCCAUUCCAUAUUAAUCAAGUUUGCUCUUUAAAUCUCUUCUUUCUCCAAUCUGCUGUGAGUCCAGCUAAAAUUAGAAACUGAAGCCAAAACUAACGGAUCCAUUCUACUCUAAUUACUUAUUUGAAUGGAGUCAAAUAAAGUAAUUGAGGAACCAGUGGCUUGGUUCUGCACCAAGAAGAAAGAGAGAGAGAAGUGGGCAUGAGCAAUUUCUUCAGAGAAUGCACUACUUAGAUUGAAGAAUCAAGGCUAAACAGCAUAGUUCUACAGAGAUAACCAAGCUUUUAUUGAUUCAUCUGAGCUUUCUGGGGAAAUUCCCAGCUAGUACAGGUAUAAGACAUGCCUACAGACCCAACACUUCUGGAGGAGAGCAUGUUGAGGAAAUGUGAUUUAUUAUGUUAUAUAUAAUACAAUAAGGCAUAUCUAUCUAUAACUGCAAUUCCCAAUAUUUCCUCAAAAUAAGAGCAUUAUUUUGCCAUCCAUAGUGUUCAAAGGCCUCCAUAUAAGACAGAGAUUGGCAAGGCAGUACCUUCAGGAACCCAGCACACACAGUUUACCCAAUUGGUUUCUGCAGGAACAAAUUUGUAUCAAACUGAGUUAAGUCAGAUUAUUGUGUUCCUGUCUAAAAUAUCCAGAUUUGGGGUUCCCACAAAAUUUUGGCCAUUUUUUUUUUAAGAAUCUGUUUUGGUGCUAGGUCCAUUUGCAGUACCAAUAUGGACCACCGGUUGUCCCUAGAGCACAGGGUGGGAAUCACAAUUUGUAAUCAUCCAUACCAGAUUAUGUUUUCAUGGAGGAUGUCAUGUAAUUUUCCUGAACAUCUCAUUUACUUUGUAAAGCUUUAGCCAUUUAGUUGUAAAAUAAUGUGUAGGCUAUACGGGUAUUAGAUAACAAGAAUUCUUGCAUUUUCAUGUGUUUGCAGUUCCAAGGUCAAGUCAAUCUUCAUGUUUUUGAAGAUUGGUGUGGUGGAUCUAUUGAACAAUUGAGGAGAAAUCUUCACUUUCCUUUGUAUCCUCAUACACGAACCACUUUGAAGAAGCUAGCAGUAUCACCAAAAUGGAAAAACUACGGGUUGCGGAUAUUUGGUUACCUGCAUCCAUACAAGGAUGGUAUGUUUCAGUUUGCGAUUGGGUCUGAUGACAAUGCCGAGUUUUGGCUGAGUCCAGGAAAAAACAUCUCCGAACUUCAACUGAUGGCCAGCGUAGGCAAGACUGGGAAGGAGUGGACAGCACCAGGUGAAUUUGGGAAAUUCAGGAGCCAAAAGUCAAGACCUGUGAAUUUGUUAGCUGCAAACAAAUAUUACUUUGAAGUUCUACACAAACAAGAUGACAAAGGAACAGAUCAUGUGGAAGUGGCAUGGAGACUGAAUGACCUUGAAGCCAAGUUUGCAAUUAUUGAUUCUCAAUUCCUCUCCCUUUAUGCUGAUGAAACUCUUCUGAAAAUGGAUGAAGUUGGUCAUAUCCCACAGACACCAGCCUCUCGUGCAAACCAGAUGCUGCAUGGUCAGGAUGCUGCAGAACAUCCAGCUGACAUGCUGAAGGCUGACCCUCGGGACAAAAUUUAUGCAUUGCCUCUCUUGAGGAAAUCCCAGAUCCGCAGGAUCAUUCCAGAAUGUCCGUACAAACCAAGUUAUGUGGUCAAUGGAUUCAAACUGCACCGCUAUCAGGGACUUAAUUUUGUUCGACUGUCCUUUGUAUAUCCCAAUGACUACACUCGAUUGACCCACAUGGAGUCACUUAACAAAUGUAUCUACCAGGAAAGUGAGUUCUACCUGAACAGGUAUGGAUUUUCCAAGUACAUGCAAAUGGAUCCAUCAGAAGAGAAAAGUUUGGAUUUGGAAGAAGAAUCAAAAACACAAGUUUAUGAAGAAGAAAGUUUAGAAGAUGCUCAGUAUGCAGAUCCAGAAGUGGAAGAGAUAAAGCCUGAAAAAGAUCAUAUUACAGCUGUACAAUAUGGCAACGUUUAUGCUGAUUCCCCUCAGAAGCAUCGGAAUCUCUUGUCAGUUACCAAAAAGAGACAGAAGAAAGAUGAGAAGAGAUAUAAAACCAAAGCAGAAAGUUAUUCUACAAUAAGGACCUCACAUCUGAUAUUCAACGAAAACUUUCAAAACCCUCCUGAUCAUGACAGGAAUGUCCACAGAUCAACAACCAAGAGGAAAGAAGGAGGCAAGGAUUUGGAGACUAACAAAAGGCUGAAGAUGGUUAAGGAACAUGGAAAUUUAACAGAAGGAGAACCCAGUCAAGCUCAGUUAAGCUUUAAUGCAACCAGAAACAAAAAAGCAUCAUUAGAUACCACCAGAGCUAGAAGGGAAUCCCAAAGACUUGAAGAAGAAACUGGCAAGGCAAGUCUCCAGGAACAGCCUAUUCAUGAGGACCAAUGGCUUAAUCAAGUAGAUUCAUACAUAGCCCAACAUAAAGCCGCAGAUGCUGCUAAUGUCGUUUUGGGUAGGAUGGAUCUAGAUUCCCAGCAGCAAGUCAGGACUGAUUCUGCCCACCUAGCAGCGCAAAAGGAAAAGCACAUUACAAUAGUUGAAGAAGACGACGAAGAAGAAGAAGAGGCAGAUGAAAACGAAGAUGGCUUAUUUCCUGCUCCUGCUUUUUUGUUUGAUCCAGUAGUGAAUUGGAAGCAGACUUUCAAGGCAAGCAAUGUAGACUUCCAAGCUUUACGGUCAGACUGGAUUGAUUUGAAGUGCAAUACUUCAGGGAACCUGCUCUUAAAAGAGAAGGAAGCCUUAAUGGUCACUCAAGCAUUCCUUAAAAGACUGAACCAGAAGAGCAAAGGGCGGUUCCAGUUACAGCGCAUUGUGAAUGUGGAGAAGCGUCAGGACCACCUACGGGGCAGCCGCUACUUUCUGGAGCUGGAACUGUUGGAGCAGGGAAAGCGACUAGUCCGUUUCUCAGAAUAUGUUUAUGCACGCGGCUGGCACGGUGGCAGCAGCGGAGAGGAGGAAGCCAAUAUGAAAGAUCUGGUGUGGGGUCACCGGCGUCACCUGAUGAGCAGCGUGGAUGAGCCCGUCCUUUGCUGGCCAUCAAGCUUCCUAUGGAAUCAUCGUGCGGUUGUCCACUUUAUAGUGCCUGUGAAAAACCAGGCCCGCUGGGUGCAGCAGUUCAUUUUUGACAUGGAAGAGCUUUUUAGGAGUACUAAGGACCCCUAUUUCAAUGUCAUCAUCGUAGACUAUAGCAGUGACGACAUGGAUGUAGAAAAAGCUCUGAAACGGUCCACCUUGCGUAGCUACCAAUACUUGCGAUUGACUGGGAAUUUUGAGCGUUCUAAAGGUCUGCAGGCUGGCAUAGACAAAGUGAGGGAUUCUCACAGCAUCAUUUUUCUUUGUGAUCUGCACAUCCAUUUCCCAGCAGGGUUCAUUGACUCUGUUCGGAAGCACUGCGUGGAAGGAAAAAUGGCCUUUGCACCCAUAGUUAUGAGGCUGAACUGUGGUGCCGCUCCACAACAGCCAGAUGGCUACUGGGAAGUUAAUGGUUUUGGUCUCCUGGGUAUAUAUAAGUCUGAUUUGGUUCGUAUUGGGGGAAUGAACACACAAGAGUUCCGUGACAAAUGGGGAGGAGAGGACUGGGAACUCUUAGACAGAAUAUUUCAGGCAGGCCUGGAAGUAGACCGACUGUAUAUCAGGCACUUCUUCCAUCACUUCCACUCCAAGCGGGGCAUGUGGAAUCGACGUGUGCUGCAGAUAUGAUGCCUAUUUCCACUUCUGAAUCCCAGGAUGCAUUUUCUCUAGACAUAUCACUAAGAAUACACUCAUUCUCUUUCUCCCAGAGAUCACAGCAUGAGUUUAGGUGCUCGCACACACACACAAAAGACAAAAUGGAGAGCUUUCCUCUAACUAUUGGCAAAGAACUGGGAAGAGAAUGAUCCUACUUCUACAGUCUUCUGCCCAAGUAGCUAAUUUUCAAAGCGUGAAGAACUUUCUCACCAGCAUAUCAUAGCCUCCACUCACUGAAGAGUCUCUUUAUGGUGCCUUCUUUUUAUGUUUUUUUUUUAACCAGAAUGCUUUCAAUUUAUUCAUAGCAAAAUGAAAAAGUAAUGGAUUAUUAAAUGGAUUAAUACAAGCUUCCACGACAUAUAAUGUCCUAAAGGGCCUCCAAUGUUUGAAGGACAAGUUGUCUAUCACCAGAAAACAAAAUAAUGUUGUGGAUGUCUGCAGACAAAAAGGUGCCAGAACUGAAAUGCCUUACACAGUGUGUUACAAGAGGAUUAUACCCUCAUUAGGUCUAUUUUUAAAGACGUUGCUCUUUUUUGAGAUACUUUAACAAAACAAAAAAAUCUAAAAUUCAUGCCUUUGGACUAAAGUCAAUCAGUAGCUUGACUUUUGCAUAGUGCUCUUCAACAUAUCAAGGAUACAUAAAGGAAUUUCUCUUCUUACAUUCUGUUCUUGCAUUCUACUUGUAUUCUGCUCAGGUACAGAAAAAGAAACAUCGCUUUAGAAAAAUGGAUAUAUUUUUCUUUUGUAACAGCUUAUUGCUUUUCUCUUUCAAUCAACAGGCCAUUUGGUGGAAUGAUAGUCAAACUGCAUUUGAAAUCUUGCUAGGAACUGCAUUAUUUUCGGCAGACAAUUGUGUCAGCCGUGGUACUCAUUGGAAUGAUUCAGGGACUGAAGAGGUAGAAAUAGGACCAUGAGACUGCCUGCUCUUUCUUGAAUUUUCUAUGUAGCACUUGGGAGAUUGACUGACACUUCAGUCCCGGACAUCAGUACUAAGAAACAAAAUCCAUGACUUCAACAGCUUUGAUAUGCUUUUUUAAAAAAUUUAUUGUGCAGUCUUAUUAUUGUUGGUUGGUUUCAGUUUUUAUUUUAAUGUAUUGUAAAGCAUUCUGAGAGAAAUAAUUUUGAAGGGCAAGAUAUUAUUGUUUAUAAAAUUAUUUAAUAAGUUAUACUCUGGGAUUGAUUUUUCACAUAGAAAAGGAGUCAGCAUCCAUGUAACAAAAUGAAGCCGAUCAGUCAAUUUCCCAGUAGCCAAUGUUGUAUGAGGCAGAAUGUAGAGCAGCUAUUUGGAAAGUGUAUGAUUACCCUAGAUUAGUGUUUCUCAACCUUGGCAAUUUUAAGAGGUGUGGACUUCAACUCCCAU